AUGGCGGGCGGUAAAGACAAAGGUAAACGGACAAUGGAGAUCAACUCUUCCAAUGAGGACAUGGAGGAUGCACAUGAUUUGGGUACUACUCAAGGCCCACUUCCAGCUCUUCACGAGAUCAGACACAUGAGCGUUCACAGUUGCCGGAAUUACACCCUACUGUUUGACGACAACAAGAAAGAAUUCACGUGCGCACCUCAAUUAACCGAGGAUGUGAAGCACACUUUUGAAAAGAAGCUUGCUACUAGGUUACGUGACAUGUUCUACACAGUCACGCACAAGAUGAGAGGCGCAAAGCCAGGCUGGCUCAUUGAGGACGUCCACAAGAAAAUGAUGGAUAUUGUUGCCGCCGAUUCAACUUACAAGAAGAGGUCGGCCCAAAACAAGAAGAACAGGAGGGGCGGCUCAAUGGAAAAUCCGAUUGAAGCUACCCACUAUCAGGGUUCGAUGUCAGCUGUACAACAUGCUAAACGGAUGGCGGCGAAGAAUAAAGGCCAGCUCCUAACAGCUCAUGAGCUGUUUAUGAAGACGCACUUCAAGGAAGUGCCUGGGAAAGGCACAGUACCAGCCAACACCAAAGCACAGCAUAUUGCGGAGGCCUGCCAGAAGAAAUUUGAAGAAGCAAGCACCCAAGGGAUUCAGAAGAGUCCAAAUGAGUUGUAUUGGGAAACUGUAGGUGGUCGCAACAAGAAGGGUCGUGUGAAGGGACUUGGCCAAGGUGCAGAGCUGUAUUAUGGCGACAAGAAGGGUUCUAAGUCAUCCCAGCAGUACACGCCUUCCUUUCUUUCCCAGAUGCAGGAUCAGAUGGACUAG